AAUGCCUUCGUUUUGAGACCUGUUAUUUCGCUUCGCUCUCUUGGAUGCAGCUUUUUUGUGUUCAAUUCCUAGCCAGCCAGAAAAAUCAGUUCUCAAAGUGCUCAGAUGUUAUAACUUCGUUGUGAAGUUGGUGGCUCUCAAAGUUGACAGAUUGCACUUUUCAGAAACCAUUACUCUCUCUGUUCCUCCUUUGUUGUGGGCAUAAACUCGUCAGCUCAAUCAACCAAGGAGCCCAGUUCCUUUAUCGUGGAAGUUAGCGACAACUCAAUUUUUAAUCUUGCAUAACCACCAACGUCAGGGUCACCCAAGUCCAUAAUGGAGUAAGGGAUCGGAAAAAGGUUAGGGGCAAAUGGCUCGGUGAAGAUGUUCCGUCAGUCCGACGAACAGACCAUAUUCCGAUCGGAAAUCCAGUCGUUUAGGCCCACAAUGAGCCUUGUCAAUCACACAAUCGACCUGAACUCGUUGGAUCUGGCCUCGAACGCCAGCUAUCUGAGCGAGCUGAGCAACUGUGGUGGUCAGCUGACGCGAGAGUACGAAGCCACGUGGUCAGGGUUCACAUAUUGGUGUGAGGGCGUCUUGACCGUGGGCGUGGGUAUGAUUGGCAUGGUGGGCAACAUCCUGUCCAUUGCUGUCUUGGUGACCAGAGAUAUGCGGAAGCAUUCUUUCAACCAAUUAUUAGUGAGCUUGGCCAUAUUUGAUAUCACCUUCAUCAUGUGCGGAGUCCCUGUUCAUGCGUUUCCCAUCCUCAACAUUUCCAAAUUGACCCAAUUGGUCCAAUCAUGGACCUAUGGAGUGCUAUAUAAAUAUUUUUUGUACCCAUUCACCACGAUCUCCUACACGGGGAGUGUGUACAUGACCACAGCCAUCACCAUCGAAAGAUACAUCGCCGUGUGCAAGCCCCUCCGUUACCGAGAGUUCAUCGCCGAACUCUCCCCAAAAGUCCGAACCAUGAUCUAUGUUAUACCCGUUACCAUCUUCUCUGUGCUCUUGAAUCUCCCGAAAUUCUUCGAAAUCGAGGUGGCGUAUUUCAAUGGAACCUUGGAAUACUUUAUGGCAGACUUGCGGACAGAUCCCACGUAUGUGUGGUGGUACACUCACAGUUUCAUCAUCCAUCCGUUUCUCACCACAACCAUUUUGCCCAUCUGUUUGUUGUGCGGGCUCAACUACAAAAUAUACCGCGGUAUUUGUGCGUCACGCUGUCGCGUCCAGGCUUCGAAUAACCACGGCGAAGUGAACCUGGCCAUGGUUUUUGUGACAAUCUGCUCAAUAUUUGUGUGUUGUCACAUCCUCCGCAUCAUCUUGGCUCUUCAGGCCUUCACUCGGGCCUCGGAGAUCUCGGACUGCAUCGCCUCCAACAAGAGCUACAUCCCGCCCAUUGAGCUCGUGUGCAUGGAGUCCAUCUCCCAUAUCAUGAUCAUGAUCAACUCGUCGUGCAAUUUCAUCGUUUAUUGCACGCUCUCGACACACUUCAAGGUAUUUAUGUGCAAAUUAUUCUACAAGCGGGCACGUCACAGCAUCACGGACCCCAAUCAUCACGCACUCUCCACACUUCCUGCACGGAACUUGUGGGCCAAUGCGUCCUCGGUGAAAAGCAACCUUCUCUCCUUAUGCUCGGCGUCCAGAGAUCUAGAACUCCGACCACUGCAACCUCGCAAGCCGUUGGUGGUGGGCUCCAUUCCGAAUUUGGCAAUCGUCAGAACCCACUCGUGUCCUUUGAGUGCCACAAAUCCAUUCAGUAUUGAUCUUGAAGCCUCGAGGACUGACUUUCCACGUGACAGUGAUUUUCCUCAUUUGGGCUUUGCUCUCAAGACCUCCUCUUCGUAUGAACCCGAGUCGUCUCAAAUUGAGACACCCGACGGUUAAGUCCUACCCAUCCAACCUAUCAACCAACCAACCAACCAAACAACCCUUUCUGGACACAAUGUCUAGAAAAGCCGUGUACUUCAUGAAAGCACCUCCGUUCUGACCUUGGAGGCGAGAUUUUUCUCUGAACUCCUUGAAACCACAACAAGGUGUCAUCUUACAUUUGGAGCGAGUAUCAAAGUCGUUCAGAAGCGAGAGCUAAUGUUGCUUUGGGACUUGGGUGCAGAGCGAAAAUUGGAGUGUCGUUUAAAGUUCGAAUCAGCAACAAGCCUGCCGUAAGAAUGAGACAGCUUCAGUGUAUCUUUUGGUUUGGGAGUCGUAAACUUGGGGUGAGUAUUGAGGCAAAUAAUUGUGAUGAAAAUGGCCGACGCCCUCUGCUGUUGUGUCGAAGGUUUCCACGUUCGGCAUAAUGGUCGUAGUUCAGCAUGGUCAAAGUGUCAAACACUUUUAUUUUUUGGACCAUUUUCCGGGCACUAUUUGGUGUUUCGAUACUCAGUUCAAGUCUAAUCGGCCUUUUUUAUCUUUCAAGUCCACAAGUGACAUUCCUCUCGCCAAAUAAUGCCGACAUGUCAAAACGUGGCGUAGACAAUAACACCUGAGAAAUUCGAUGUUUAUAUUUAAUAUUUUUGUGAUAUGAAAACCAUGUGAUGGAUUGUCUGGAGUGGACGAAUAAAAAACAUCUAUUAUCUUCUA